AUGGACGACGAAAAACGUUGGUGCGUGUCUAUGAGAAAAUGGUACCACAGCAGCAGCACCACAUAUUUGUUCUCAAUUGGUUUUGAUUUAAUGACUUCCACUGACAUUCAAAAUAAGCUUGCAAUGUGUUGUACACAUGAAGUUAUUAAGGUGAUUAUGGAAGAACUUGGUCAUAGACAACUCCCUAUGCUUAUUGAUAAGUCACAUGAUAUAUCCGUCAAAGAGCAAAUGACAGUGAUGUUGAGGUUUUCGAACGAUAAAGAGAUUGUUGUAGGAAGAUUUAUUGCUCUACAUCAUGUCAAAGAUACUACAUAUGAGUCAUUAAAUGAUGCUCUUUAUUGUAUUCUUGAUAAGUACAUAUUAUCUAUUUCAAGGAUACGAUGGAAAGGUUAUGAUGGAGCUUCAAAUAUGAGAGACAAAUUUAAUGAUUUGCAAAGAAAUAUUUUAGAUGAAAACCCUUAUGCUUUUUAUGUCCAUUGUUAUGCUCGCUGUUUGCAAUUGGUUGUUGUAUAUGUUGCUAGUUAUUUCAUAUUUAUUCAUGAUUUCUUUGAGUAUAUCUCCUUGAUUGAGAUCACAUCAAGUGCAUCUUUUAAGAGGAUGAAUGCUUUGACGGAGGCCAAACAACAAGACAUUGUAAAUAAACUUGAGAGUGACUUUUCUGAUGAUGAUCGUGGAACAAUAAGGGACCAACUUGAAACUUAUGUUGUUCAAGUGAAAAGAAAUUCUUCAUUUUCCCCUUGUAAAGAUGUUCAAAGUUUGACUACAAAUAUGAUCAAUGGUGUGUGGUUCAAUGACUUGAUUGUAUUUUACACUGAACGGGAGAUAUUUAAGUCGUUUGAUGAUAUUGAUAUUAUUCGAACAUUCACCACAAAGAAGUCUCGUAAAGGAUAUUUGUCUCGUGAUUUUAUUUAA